UUGCCUAAGUGCUUGCUCGUUUUUGGUGCUCCAUCCCAUCGUAUCGAGUCGCAAUUGGCCACUGCUUCUCAGAUUCUUGACGCGAGAGCCUCAUUCGUCCAUAUACCGAAUAUCAUCAUCGUUACGUUUGGUGAUGAAGACAUGACAUCCGUGGAGACCCAUUUCGUGAAAGCGAAUGGUCGAAUUGCGCUUACCGCGUUACAAGGAGUCCACAUUGUGUAUCGCAAGGUUCUUCAUGAUAAGAUGACCGUGGAAGAAGGCACCAAGCGAUUGGCCUCCAUUCUCUCCGCUCCCCCGAUAUAUUCAUUAUUGGUACGCUGCUUUUUAGCCUUCGUAUGCGGCUCUACUAUAUGCGUCCUUGCUUUCGGGGGAUCGGUCAUUGAUAUGUGGAUCAGCGGAGUGUGUGCCUUCGUCUUGCAAUACCUAGGCCUUAACACCGCGACAAAGAGCGCAACGUACGCGAACGUCUACGAGAUAUCAAUUGCCAUCAUUGUGUCCUUCGUGGCUCGGGCACUCAGUGGCAUACCAGGCAGGUUGUUCUGCUACAAUGCCAUAGCGUCUGCCGGAGUGGUGUUAAUUCUCCCAGGAUUUACUAUCCUCAUCAGCGCGCUAGAGCUCACUUCCAGGAAUAUUCUAUGUGGAUCUGUAAGAAUGGUCUAUGCGAUCAUCUACACUUUGUUCCUGGGUUUCGGCCUGACGAUAGGCUCCGAUCUUUAUCUUGUACUCAACAAACAUGCCCGACAUAAUUUAGAUAAGACCGAAGCCGAGAGAUAUACGAUCUAUCACGGGACUUUCCACGCUGAGAACGGCACGUCUCCCGUUCCAGGAGGUGCCAUCUUCGGGUUUGCUCAAACCAAUGAUCCUCAUAUAGUUAAUGGUAUCAGAUUCGAUUGGUGCUACAGGGAGCCCAGUUGGCCAUGGUGGAGGAAGGAACUUCCCUGGUGGACGCUCUUCUUCCUCGUACCAGUGUAUUCUCUCUGCUCGUCUUUGUCCAACUUGCAGAGGUUACGCAGCUGGCAGCUUCUGGUCAUGGUCGUAUUUGCGUGCUGUGCUUUCCUCGCGAAUCGACUUUCAAAUAACUAUCUUCCUGGUAAAAGCGACAUCAUCUCGGCUUGCGGGGCUUUGGUCAUUGGGGUCUUGGGCAACGUGUACUCGCGAGUGAUGCGUGGAACCGCUUUUACAGCCAUGGUCACUGGUGUCUUGUUCCUCGUCCCGUCUGGUAUCGGUCAGGGUGGUGGCCUGCUCUCGUCUGAUGAGACAUCGUCUACUCAGCAGUACUCAGCCGGUCUUCAGCUUGCCAUACGGAUAAUAGAAGUGGCGAUUGGAAUAACAGUUGGUCUAUUUGUCAGUCAGAUCUUCGUAUAUGCCCUGGGAAGAAGAAAGAACGCUGCACACUUUGCUUUUUGAUAUCUUCCAAUUAAACGCCAUCUAUCUAUGUACACACAUCAUGCUGUAAACACUAUCGCAGUAAUUUGAAUCGAUAGCAGACCAAACGAAUUGAGAUUCGUGAAUCGAGGCAUUCUAGGGAUUACAUGAAGUUUGUUAUGAGUAAUGAAUUAGUACAGGUAUUCCAAGAGUGUUCCAAAAAAAGCAAAGAAACAAUAAACCUGAAAGGUUUAUAUAAGUUAUGCGGCGAAGAGCUGAUUCAGCUCUUCCAUGCGCCGUUGCAGCAUGUCGGCUUUGCUGAAGUUCUGACCCAGAGUCAUGUUGGCCAGCUCAGUCUUCUUGCGCUGCACUUCCAGAAGACGAUCUUCGAUGGAAUUCUCAAUAAUGAGCUUGACCGUUGUCACAGGGCGUGUCUGCCCUAAGCGAUGCUG